AUGGCGUGGUCCAACCAGGGAAUGCAAUCACUAAUCCCUGUCAUCAAUCGUGUUCAGGACGCAUUCUCACAGCUCGGCACCGACUUCUCCUUCGACCUCCCACAAAUUGCUGUUGUCGGAGGACAAUCCGCCGGAAAAUCAUCGGUUUUGGAGAAUUUCGUGGGGAAAGACUUCCUUCCACGUGGCUGUGGCAUCGUGACACGUCGUCCACUGAUUCUUCAAUUGAUUCAAGAUCCCAAUGAAUACGCCGAGUUUCUCCAUAAAAAGGCUCAUCGAUACGUGGAUUUCGACGAGGUUCGCAAAGAAAUCGAAGAGGAAACCGAUAGAGUCACCGGCCAGAAUAAGGGAAUCAGCGCCAUUCCUAUCAAUUUGAGAGUUUACUCUCCGAAUGUGCUCAAUCUCACGUUGAUUGAUCUGCCCGGUCUGACAAAAGUGGCGGUGGGCGAUCAGCCGGCGGAUAUCGAACAUCAGAUCCGUGAGAUGAUUCUGUCGUUCAUCGGACAAGAAACGUGUCUUAUUCUAGCCGUCACGCCGGCAAACAGUGAUUUAGCCACGUCUGACGCGUUGAAAAUGGCGAAAGAAGUGGAUCCACAGGGUCUCCGAACGAUUGGAGUGCUCACAAAACUAGAUUUAAUGGAUGAGGGAACUGACGCCCGAGAGAUUCUUGACAAUAAGCUCCUCCCACUUCGACGGGGUUAUGUUGGAGUGGUGAAUCGAGGGCAGAAGGAUAUAGUGGGGAGGAAGGAUAUUCGAGCGGCGUUGGAAGCGGAACGCAAAUUCUUUAUCUCCCAUCCGUCGUAUCGCGCGAUGGCUGAUAGAAUGGGAACGGCGUAUCUACAGUAUACGUUGAAUCAGCAACUGACGAAUCAUAUUAGGGAUACACUGCCAACGUUGAGGGAUAGUUUACAGAAGAGAUUGUUGAUGUUGGAGAGGGAUGUGGCUGAGUAUAAGGAUUAUCAGCCGAAUGAUCCGGGAAGGAAGACCAAAGCGUUGAUGCAAAUGGUGACCCAAUUCAGUGCGGAUGUCGAGCGAUCGAUCCAAGGAUCGUCAGCUAAGCUUGUGUCAACGAACGAGUUAUCCGGCGGUGCGCGUAUCAAUCGCCUCUUCCACGAACGUUUUCCAUUCGAAAUCGUCAAAAUGGAGAUUGACGAGACAGAGAUGCGAAAAGAGAUUCAAUUCGCAAUCCGCAAUAUUCACGGUAUCCGUGUCGGCCUAUUCACUCCCGACAUGGCAUUCGAGGCGAUCGCCAAAAAACAAAUCCGCCGUCUGAUAGAGCCAUCGAUGAAAUGUGUGGAUUUAGUGGUGAAUGAGUUGGCGAGAGUGAUCAGACAAUGUGCUGAUACGGUGGCACGAUAUCCCCGAUUGAGGGAAGAGUUGGAACGGCACGUCGUCACUUUUAUGAGGGAGAAAGAGCAGAAGGCGAAACAGGAGAUUUCACUUCUUGUAGAUUAUCAGUUGGCUUAUAUGAAUACGAAUCAUGAGGAUUUUAUUGGUUUCAGCAACGCUGAAGCCAAGGCGACUCAAGGCCAAUCCCUCGCGAAAGCAUCCAUCGGAAACCACGUCAUCCGAAAAGGAUGGCUCAUGUUCAAUAACUCGUCGCUUGUUCGUGGUCCCAAGGAUCUUUGGUUCGUCCUCUCGUCCGACAGCUUGUGUUGGUAUAAGGAUGAAUCGGAAAAGGAGAAGAAAUUCAUGCUAACAUUGGAUGGAAUUAGGCUGCGAGAUUUGGAGAGUACAUUUAUGACGCGAGCAUUCAGAUUCGGGUUGUACCAUCAGGAUGGAAGAAACAUGUACAAAGACUACAAACAACUGGAUCUCGGGUGCUCGUGUCUUGAAGAAGUUGACGCGUGGAAAUCGUCAUUCCUACGCGCUGGAGUCCACCCGGAGAAGCAGAUGAGGUCGACGUCACCGGAGGAAGAUCCACAGGAAUCUGCAUCGAUGGAUCCACAAUUGGAGAGACAAGUGGAGACGAUUCGGAAUCUCGUUGACUCGUACAUGCGAAUUGUGACGAAGACGAUUAAGGAUAUGGUGCCGAAGGUGGUGAUGCAUUUGGUUGUGAAUCAAGUCGGUGAAUUCAUGAAGAACGAACUGAUAUCAGAGAUCUAUCGAGGCGGUGAUACGGACGCUCUCAUGGAGGAAGCCAAACUGGAAGCACUGAAACGAGAGGAGAUGCUUAGACUGUAUGCCGCGUGUAAAGAAGCUCUCCGUAUCAUUUCUGAAGUGAAUAUGGGAACGAUUGGCGUCGAAAGAGCGCCAGCCAUUCAAGCAGCUCCGCAAGCUCCAAGACCUGCACCGGCACCACCAGGAGGUCGAGGAGGAAUCCUUCCGCCCCAGAUUCCGAAGAGAGCCGUCACCCCUUCCAGCACGCCACCUGAUAUCCCCGCCCGACCACAAAUCCCCAAACGACCGCCACACUAA